AUGUUGGGCAGGGCUGCUUUCUUGACGUUGCUUGUUGGCGCUUUCGCGGACUGGACUGGCAACAUUAACUAUGGCAGUCCAUCUCACAACCACAAUCUGGGAAUUUCGAUACCCAAGGUUAGGAAGAGGCAGGCCGGAGCUUCGUAUAUGGACCCACGAAGCCUGAACUUCACGCAUGGCGUAGCUUCUGGAGACCCAUUUGCUGAUAGUGUUAUUCUCUGGACUCGUGCGAGCCCUAUGACGGAUAACGACGAUAGCAAUGUGACUGUCUCAGGAACCGCCGACUUAUACAACCACGAUACGCUCCAAUAUGUAGAAGCUAGCUCCAACCCCAUUUGCGUAGAAUGGGCCAUUUCAACAGAGAAGAACCUUCGCAGGCCAGCCGAUCGCGGUCGAGCGUACACGUCUUCUGACAUCGACUACACCAUCAAGGUCGAGGCGAAGAGGUUGAGACCCUUCACUUGGUAUUACUACCAGUUCACGCUUUGCAACAGCGACAAGAAGAGUCCCAUAGGUCGUACAAAGACGGCACCUCGCCCUGGACAAGACGUUGGCGACGUUGGAGUUGCAGUGUUCAGUUGCUCGAACUUCCCAUCUGGGUACUUUAAUGCAUAUGGCAAUUCGGCCAGGAAGGACAACGUUGACUAUGUCGUUCAUCUCGGUGAUUACAUCUACGAGUAUGCUACUAGCUCGCCGAACUAUGGCCGUGCUGUUCGUCCUGCCCGCGAGAUCUUCACUCUUUACGACUAUCGAGCUCGUCUUGGAACUUAUCGUACCGAUGAGGAUCUCUUGCUCUCGCAUAGACAGUUCCCCUGGAUCCCGACUUGGGAUGACCAUGAGGUCUCCAACAACGGCUACCGCGAUGGAGCUUCUGGUCUCAACAACACCGAAGAAUCUUUCGAGGAGAACGGCAGAGUCAGUGUUGAUCAGAGGAAGAUGAACGCUGUUCGAGCCUACUUCGAGUGGAUGCCUAUUCGUCAGGUAAGUCUAGUAGAGAUCACGAGCUUCAGCAUCGGUAACCUAUUCGAUCUGAUCAUUCUCGACACUCGCAACUACGACCGAAGUAUUACUGAUCUGUCCUGGAACACAGAGUACAUCCCCGAAAUCAUGAAUGAUGCGGGUCGUACAAUGAUGGGCAGCAUCCAGGAGAACUGGUUCUACAACACCCUGAAGCGCAGCCGCGCAACAUGGCGAGUCAUCGGCUCCCAAGUCGUCUUCAGCACCAUCAACUCAACCUCAUGGUUCGGAGACGCCUACAACUACGACGCUUGGGACGGUUACAUGGCCAACAAGAACCGCACGCUCAAGACGCUGUACGACAACAACAUUGGCAACAACAUCGUUCUGGCCGGCGACACGCACGCCAACUGGGUCUCCGAUCUCGUAUGGCUGGAAGAAAAGCCAUACGACUCCGACUCUGGAAGUGGAGCACUGGGUGUCGAAUUCGCCGGCACCGCCGUAUCUUCUACCUCCUCCUUCGGCGCCAGCUCCAGCAUCAACCAGUGCAACAACCAAUCCCGCCUCCUCAUCGCCGACAACCCCGAGCUGCAGUGGCAGGAAGGCUACUACCGUGGGUACUUCGAGAUGCAGAUCUCCCCUCGCAGCGUGCGGACUUCGUACUUUGGUACACCCAAUCUGCAGAACAGGAACGGCUAUGAAGUCCCUCUGGCGAAUUUCACGGUUGAGAACAGGGCCAACAGUCUUUCAAGACCGGUUGCUGGUGGUGCGGUGGAGAAUGGGGCUUUGCAGAAUGAUGGCACGGUGAGGGUGUCGAACCUUACGCUCGAUACUAACACCGGGCGAUGGUUCGUGCAUAACUUCACAAGGGUGUCGAUUCCGAGUCAGUAG